GCGGCGUGUUGCGGGUGGGCGAUAUUCCUAUUUGCUGGACCUAUUGUGCCGAAAGAUUCAAGCGUAUUGAAAGAGCACGAACUAAUGAAUUUUCAAACAUGUUUUAUUUGUGUUGUCCAGCUGAUAGACAACCAUGCCUAGACCAGGCUGCAUGACUCAAAAGAAAAAAGAUAUACGUCAGGCUGAAGUUUUACGCUGGGCACGUCACAUCCGCCAUAGCAGCGAAUGUAACGACGAUUUCAGGGACUUACGUGGCCGGCCAUGCUUGCGCUGUUGAAGACGAGCCGAUCGGCGGCGGCAGCGGCUGGUCCGGCGGCGCGCGCCGCCCGCUUGCCGCCCCCGCUGCUGCUCCAGCCGGCCGGCCAGCAGCGCACGCUCUCCGGCUGGACAGCACAGCCGCUGAUGACGCUCCAGCGCCGCCUGCUGGCCGUGCUGCGCCAACAUUCACGCAUCAUGCUACGUCUGUGCGUGGUCCAGUGCGAGUUUGUGCUCAUCUAUCGCACGCGCCGCACCAUGCAGCUGUUUGAGUUGUACUCGAGCCUGUACGAGCGGGAGGCACUGCGCGAGAUGCUGCGCUCCGUGCGCCGCCUGCUGGCCGCCCACGGCCGCCGUCUGCUGCUGAGCGCUGCCCUGCUGGGCGGGCCUGAUCCGGCCGCGCCGCAGCAGGAGCGGCCAGCUGACCAGGGUGACGGCCCGGUCCCGGCCGACCGGCCGCCCGCCCGUCAUGGUUAUGAGGAGGAGUUUGACCGUUUCGUAAAGCUGUGCGACGAGAGCAUCGUGUGCCCAGACUGCGGAAAACGGCAGCUCAUCGACAGAAAGGUGAACAAGGUGGCGUACUGCGCAUGCGCCGACGGCGAGCCGACACCGGCCGUCAACCGCGGUCCGGACGCCUCAUGGGUGCCGUUCAUCGAGCGGAACCACGUGGUGGUGUGGCGCCAGCAGCACCCCGAACACGCCCACCUCUACUCCUACAAAGUGUUCGGCUCCUACGGGGACGUGUCGGCAGAGGCGUUCUUCGAGGUGCAGUUGAACACGGCCUACCGCAGUCAGUGGGACCCGAGCGUGCUCGAGCUGCACACGCUGGACACGCGGCCGGCCGAGCACGGCGACGUCAUCUACUGGCGCGUCCGGUUCCCGAGCAUGUUCCAGAACCGGGACUACGUGUUUGACCGGCGCUACUACGUGGACGAGGCGGCGCGCCAGAUGACGAUCGUGUCCCGUUGCACCGGGCACCCGGAGUGUCCCGAGCGGCCGGGCGUGGUGCGCGUCCGACACUACUGGUCCGUCAUGGUCAUCCGACCGCACACCGAGUUCGAUCAGCCAGGCUUGGACUUCGGUCUGACGUAUUUUGACGACCCGGGCACCUACCUGCCUCCGGUGAUCACAAACUAUGUGGCGGCCACAGGCGUGGUACCCGUUGAGUUUCGUCGCCAGCGUCGGUCGUCUCUGUGCGCCAGGUUUGCCCAACUUUCUGGAGCGGGUGGCGGAGGCGGCGCGCGUCGUGCAGAGACAGCUGGCGGCCGGCAAGGUGACGGUGCCGCUGCAGUUCCUGCAGCCCGGGCGGCGGCCGGCGCUGGCCGGCAGUAGCGGCUCCGGCCGCCGCGUCCCCCGCGCCGAGUACGCAGCCUGCAGCCACCGCGGCGAAUUCUCGCCCGCCCUAUGAUGGCAGCAUUGUCGGUUUGCUAGGUGGCGCUAGUGUCUUCAUUGCGAGAUGCGGCCUGGUUAGUGGCUCACACAAGAUACUUUGUGGAUAUAUCCCGGAGUGGUCUCAGAAUCUUGUGAAGCAUGUUCAGCACCUGUGGCAAAUGCUUCUAAUACACAAAGGUUUUCACUGGUACGAGCACUGGUGACACACCCGUGUACGAUGUACCACUGCCAGCAAAUGUCCCUGCAUCAGAUCAGGUGCAAUGAACUCAUGCUGUGCCCAUCUAGUACUGUGCGUCAGGCUCGCGGCUACAAAGGUCCUGCUAGUACCUCCGAAUGUGCUUUUAGCAGCGCAGCCACUUGGAGGGUUCCAAAGACACCCCAGAACCUAGUGACGACUGUAUAUAGCCAAAUGUGUGUCCAAGGUGCUCACAGCGUGCUGUCGCCCGGCGCGCGCGGCCGCGGCCCGCGGCGCUGCGGCCAGACGACGGAGCGGGCCAGGACAGGCUCCGCGUCACUUUCGUGGUACGUGUUUGGAGCAUGCAGUUUUCCUGACCACCGUGCCUGGUGGGCUAGUCGUGCGGCCGGGCGCCACAGAGACGCGAGAUCCCCGGCUUCACAAGCGAACGGGACGGCUGGAAGGCUGAUCAGCGAAAUGCAGCUGUGUCUGCCCCGCGGAGGAGUGCGCUAGACGUACACGUGGCAAUUGCAUGUGUGGAAGGAGUGAACCGAGGUGUGCCCCGCAACGAUAAGGCACUGGAUGGUCCCAUUAGACGCUGCGCCUCUAGCAGUGCACACGGAGGCACCCCGCACGGCCGGUGACGUCAUCUGAAUACAGUUGUAAA